AUGGCUUCCAUGACUGCUGACUGCUCUCGUCUUGUCUGUGACUCUUAUGGCCCUGUUUUGUAUGUUUGUGGAGCUGCGUUCUGCUACGCAUUCCGUUGGUAUUCUACCAUUAAUACUUGUCUACUUAACGGUAAAUUACAGACAUUAAACGCACGCAUACUCACACACUCUCGGCUCCCCAUCCUGGCCAAAAAGAGUGUGUGUGUGUGUGAGUCUGGCUGUGCAAUAGUAUUGGCAGUGGGUAGUGGGUAG